AUGUCUAAAAUAGAUUGGGAAUAAAAGCUUAAAUAAUAUCAUGCAUUAAAAGAUAGAAAAUCGAUAACAAAUAUGUUAUAGAUUAAAACAAAAAAUAUGAGAUUAUCACCAUCAUUAGGAUCAACAAGAGCUGGAACAGAAAUAAAUUCUUUUAGAUUAAAGAGAUUAAAGACUCCAAUAGAUGAUGGAAUAUAGUAAAUAAAGACUAGUAGAUCUUAAUAAGUAUGUAAAGAUAAUUGAGGA